AUGGACCCAGUAACUGGACUUCCAAGGUCUCGUCGUUCGACUUCAGCAGGAGACGAUGUGCAUCGUGAAGGCCUUACCACUGAAACUCACGACUGGACAUUGGUUAAAGCCAUUGACCUCGUAAGUGAUCAAAAGGGUAAUAUAUGCGGUAUUUCUUUAAGUGACGGAGAGGUACCAAUUGAAGAAGCUUGUGAAAUUCUUACGCGAAACAAUAUAUCUUCUGCACCAGUCUACGAUGCUUCAACGAAUAGCUAUUCGGGCAUGUUCGAUUGGGCUGAUGUUAUGACAUAUCUAUUAAUUGUUCUUAAGAAAAAAGAUGCUAUAAAACAACAAGAGAAAAGUGAUGCUGAAUUAUCAGCUGAAUUUAAUGAUUUAGUGAAAUUGGCGAACCUUUCCAAGAAAAAUCCUUUUUAUAGUGUACUUCCAGAGACAUCGUUGCUACAAGUUGUUGAAUUAUUUGGAAGUGGAACUCAUAGAGUUUCUGUUGUAGACGCGGAUGGAAUUAUCAAAGGAAUUUUAACUCAAUCAAGAGUUGUUAAUUACUUUUAUGAAAAUGUGAUCAAAUUUCCACCAAUUGAGCAACUUUUCCCAAAACCGCUCAAUGAGCUUGAUAUAGGCACGGGUUUCGUAGUUUCUGCAAUAAAUGAUUCAUUUGUGCUUGACGCGUUGACAAUGAUGAAUAAAAAUGGUCUCAGUUCUAUUGCCAUUGUGGAUUCUGAAGGCUCGUUAAUUGGCAACAUAAGCAUGACAGAUAUCAAGUAUGUUUUACGAAGCUAUAGUCACUUUUUAAUGUGGAAGACGUGUCAACAGUUUGUUAAUCAUGUGAGAAGCAAGCAGGGACUUGAUGAUGGACAGGACAGAUAUCCUGUAUUUGAUGUACGUCCAACAUCAACUUUAGGCUAUACCAUCGCCAAAUUAUCUGCAACAAGAGCGCAUCGUCUCUGGGUGGUAGACGAACGGAUGCGUGCUGUUGGUGUGGUGAGCUUGACGGAUAUACUUCUUGUAAUUGCACGUUCAGCUGGUGCAAACCCGAAGCCUAAAAGAAUUAGUUCUUUUUCAUCAGCAUCGACAGGCAAAAGUGAAUAA